AUGGAAUAUUAUCAAGUCAAGACAAAUCGAGUAGAGACUAAUAUUACAUCAGUAAAGAGUAAUGGCUAGAAUUUGACGACGAGAGUGGAGUCUGUAAGCAACGGGGAACAAGAUCGGAGAAUUCAAAAUAUUACAAAAUAAAUGCAAAUAUUUUUAAUGGCCAUAGAACUAGAAAGACUUAGUGAAUAAAAUUACAAGUUAUAAUAGAGGUUGAAAAAUAUGGAGGAUCAACAAUUUAAUACAAUGAAUCUUGAAUAAUAGAUUAUAGAUUUGAAAUAGAAAAUGGAUUACUUAGAGCAAUAGUAUUAAACAGUUGUAAUUCAGAAGGAAGAAAUCAAGUAUAAUUAUGAAGAAAUCAUAAAAUAUCAUGAGAAAAGUGAAGACAAUUAGAAUCUAUUAAAAAAUGACAUCGAAAAACUCAGAAUUAAAUUAAGAGACUUUGAGGAAUAAAAACAAAAUGAGAUUUUAGCCAUCAUUAAAUAAAGAGAUCUUGAAGCACAAAAAUUAUUGGUAUUGAAAUUUUUCAUAUCUAAUAGUAAAAACAUUAAUAAGAGAAUGAUUUCAAUUGGAAACAAUAAAUGGAAUACAUGGAGAAGGAAUUAUAAAAAUACAAAGAAUUGCAUUACUAAAUCAAAAAAGAAAAUACAGAAUUGAAAACUAUGUUGCAAUAGGAGGAUCUUUCUAAAAAUAGAGAAUUGGAAACAUUAAUAAUUUAAUAUAAAAAUGAUAUAGAUAGGCUUAAUCAUAAUUUGAAUAAAUAUUAAUUAGAAAAUUAAGAUUUAAAAGAACGAAUAUAUAACGUUGAUUAAAUACAAGAAGAAUUACAGAAAUUAUUAUAAGAGAACCAAGAUCUUCGUGAGAACCUGUAAUAAUUAGAAAAUGAGAACUAAGAAAAACAUGUGGAUUGUAAAAUAUUUUAAGAAGAACUUGAAAAAUUAAGAUAUGGUUUAUCAGUAAAAACCUAAGAACUUGAUGAAUAUAAAAUAAAAGCUACCAAAUAUGAGAAAUCCUAAAUAGACUUCCAAAGGAAUAAAAAAUCAUUAGAUGAAAAAUUUGCAAUUAUGCAAUAGGAAAUUGACAGAUUAUAAUUUAUUAUUAGGUAAAAAACGACUGAAAUAGAGAAUCUCUAAAAAAGAAUUCAUGACAAUUCAAAUGAGAAACAAAGAAUGGGAGAAUUGGAAUACCUAUCAAAAUUAAAUGAUAAGAAAAAUCAAGAUUUGGAUAAAAGAAAUUAAGAACUUAACUAAAAAUUAAUUGAUUAAACCAAAAAGAUCUCAGAACUUGAAAAAUAAAAUAAUGACUAUCUCUCCUUACAUAAUAAACUCAAAGAGAAAUGUGAAGAAUUUGAAGGAAGAUAUAACAAUCUCCUUUAAGAGGUAGAUAAAAUAAAUAAAUAACUUGCUUAGAAGUAAUAUUAUAUUUAAUUUCUAAGAGUUUAGGAAAACGAAGGUUUGAAUAAAUAGAUCGCAGAUAGUAGAAUGAAAUUGGCCAAUUAUGAUAGCCAACUUUAAGAUUUAUAUGAUUAAAUUAAUAUCCUGGAGUAGGACAUUGAGAAAUUAAAAAAGUAUGAAGAAAAUGUAAGAGCAUAAUGAUUUUUAGUGUAGAGUAUUAUCAUAUGAGAUUGAUAGAUUGAAUAGCCUGAUCGCUUAAUAAGAAGAGGAACUUAAGAAGUGGAGACUAUAGUAUGCAAAUGAAGGAUCAUUAAAUAAAAAGAUUAUUGAACAGUUAUCCAUAAUGUUUGUUCUUAUGAUUGAAAUAGAUAGUUUAAGAAAUUCCAUUGUACAAAAAGACAAAUAAAUUGAGGAUCUAAGAAACUAAAACUUAGCUCAAUUUAAAGAAAAAAAUAAAUGA